AUGGAUAUAAUACGGAAAGCAAGUACCUGCAAGUUGCCUAAAGAUGCUAGAACCCUGCUGAAGACCGAUUGCAACCCUUCGAUGGAAAUAGUGACGGUACAAGGAGCAAAACCAGCAAGUAUCGAACACUUUCUUCGUCCUUUUGUGGACGAACUAAACUUCCUAAUGAAGAAUGGAGCAAUGGUUCAAAACAGGAAGUUUAAUAUACAAUUACGUGCCAUUAUAGCUGACUAUCUUACUCGUGCAAAUAUCAAAGGUAAUAUAAAUCAAUUGUAAAAUUAAACAGGCGUUGGUACGGUAGGACAGAGUAUGCGAAGAGUUGCGUUCUCGGAUCAAAUUGCUCCAAAUCGUACUGACGAGGGAUUUAGAAUGUGCAUAUAUAUCCCUCACCAUAUAUUUGACACUCCUCUAGUACAUUUGGACAACUUCGAUAUUGUGAAACAAGUAAUAGUUGGAGAUUCGUUGCACAUAAUCGAUUUGGGAAUUACCAAACGACUAUUGAAUAGCUGGAUAAACGGGAAACUUGGAUUGGCACACAAAUUAUCAACACAACAAAGUUAUAACAUGUCACCUAUGUUGUUAAAUACUAAAUUACCAUCCGAGAUAAAUAGCAAAUUUCGUUCUCUUAACGAUCUAAAGUACUGGAAAGGGUCUGGGUUAUCCUCAUAUUUAUUUUACGCUUCAACAGCUGUACUUAAAGAACAUUUAUGUGAAACAAAUUGGAACCAUUUUAUAUUAUACUUUUGUAGCAUUACACUGCUAUCUUUAGUGGUAUACAAAGAGCAUUGGCCACUUGCACAUUGGCUCCUACAGCUUUUCGUUCAACAGUACAAAACUAUAUACGGCCCAGAGUAUAUUUCUAGUAAUGUGCAUAAUCUGUUGCAUAUUUACGAUGAAGUAGAACAAUUCGGUCCUCUUAAUACUUUUUAUUCCUACCCAUUUGAAAAUGAAUUGCAGCAUAGAAAACGUUUGCUGCGAAGCGGUUCAAAAAGUUUGGAACAAGCUAUCAAUAGAAUUUCAGAAAGGGAAACUUUUAAUACGGAUCAUAGCAAUGAAAAUGUUGCAUAUCCCUUAAUUAAACAAAGAGGCAAUUUAAUCUCACUUUAUGUACGCAAAGGAUUCUGCUUAAAAACUGAUCAAGCAAUGCAUGGUUUUUAA